AUGUUUUUAGGAUCUCCAAAAAAAGGAAAACAUUGGUUUGCGGUCAAGAUGAUGUUUAUUCUCAGAAUAUUACAGUUGACAUGCGCCCUGAGCUUAACUGAUGCAAUUAAAAACCCUUGGAGGAAAAACUUUUUUACUCCAGGAGAAGAUGAGUGCAUACUUGAUGGAAGGGAUGAGAGUACAUACAGAGGCAAAGUGUCAGUGACAGUCAAUGGACGGAUGUGUGUGCAGUGGAAUUCCAUCCCAAAACGAUACACCUCCUUCAGAAACUGCUACCAUAACUUCUGCAGAAAUCCAAAUAACAGGAUUCAGCCAUGGUGCUUUGUAAGGAAAAGAAACCGCUACGUACGGGAAUAUUGUGACAUCCCCCGCAUGGAAACGAAGCCGACCAAGAGUCCACCAACACCUGUCCCAUCAAAGCAGGACACAGAAUCAACGUGUGGGGAGCGACGCUUAAACCGCAUUACAAAGAUAAUAGGAGGAUCAAGGUCAAGUGUUGAGUCACAGCCUUGGAUGGCAGCUAUCUUCAGAGGAGCUGGGUUCAUUUGUGGAGGAACCCUCAUUGCUCCAUGCUGGGUCCUCACUGCAGCCCACUGCUUCCCUGCUGGUAAGGACACUAAAAAAGAGAGAUACUCUGUCAUUCUGGGAAAGAAUGCCAUCAAUGAAACCAACUCUGACAAAGAGCAGCGGUUCACAGUGAGCAAACUUGUGGUCCAUGAGGACUUUGACUACACAACUGAAAACUUUAAUCAUGACAUGGCCCUGUUGAAGAUAGUGGGCAGCAAUGGACAAUGCGCAGUGAGGACAAACUCUGUGAGAACCGCAUGUCUUCCCCCUUUCCAGCAGAUGCUUCCCACAGGAUUCUACUGUGAUAUUGCUGGCUAUGGAAGGCAUCAAAAGGAUGGCUUUGAGUUCUCUCGACAUCUGAAACAGGCUCAAGUGAUGCUUAUUUCCCAGAAUGCUUGCCAGAAGUAUUACAGUAAGGACGAGGUCAACGAGAACAUGUUGUGCGCAAUUGGUAGAGACGGGGAGGAAGACGCUUGCCAGGGUGACUCAGGAGGGCCUCUAGUGUGUGAAGUAAAUCACACCAUGUUCCUUUUCGGUAUCAUUAGCUGGGGAAAAGAGUGUGCAGAAAAGCUUAACCCGGGUGUUUAUACAAAAGUCACCAACUACAACCAUUGGAUCUCAAUGCAUACAGGUUUACCCACAUAUACAGCAGGCUCCAAGUACCCACAGAAGGAUUAACUGUGACACUUUACAGCACAAAUGUAAAUGCUUAGCCACUCAGGAUAAUGUUUUGUCAGCACAGAAUGCACAUGCCAAUUAUUUAUGCUAUUCGAAUGAUACAUGGCAGCUACUUUUGGCAAUCAAUAGGAAUCAUCUUUUACAGUUAUAAUUGCACGUUCCUGCUUUUAUUGGACAGUGAUACCAGUUUUAGGUGUUUGAAGGAAACAUACUAGAUUUAGGAUUUUAUUUUAUGUCCAGUUUGUGACUUGUGAGAACUGCAAAUGUUGUUAUCUGUUUUAUUCAUUCUGUUUUACUGUUACUUUUUAUAACAUAUUAUUUAAUAUUUUAUUUAUUGCAAGAAUGCAUGUAUGAUAAAUGUUUUUUUUAA